AUGAUCCCAAAUUUCAGUCCCUCAUUAUCAUACGGUCAGUUCAAUGAUGAACCAACCAACCAUGGCAGGUUAAGUGAACUCUCAUCCUCAACACUCCCAUCAUUAUCCAUCCUGUUCAGUGAUGAUCAUGAACAUGAACGAAACAACCGUCGCUUGUUAAGUGAUCAUGGGGUUUCAUUCUCACCCUCAAGACUCCCAUCAUCAUCAUCCCAUCUGUUUAAUGAAGGCGAGGCUUCAUUCUUAUCCUCAUUACUCCCAUCAAUACUCUCAUCAUCAUUCAGUCAUCAUGAACGUGAACCAGCGGACCGUGGCUGGUUAAGUGACCGUGGGGCUUCAUUCUCAUCCUCAAGACUCCCAUCAUCAUUCAGCCGGUUCAGUGAUGAUGUAUCCAGCGAUGAUGAUGAACAUGCACCACCCAACCUGUUCGAUCAUGAUCAUGUACCCAGCCGGUUCAAUGAUGAUCGUGAACAUGUAUCCAGUGAUGAUGAUGAACAUGCACCACCCAGCUUGUUCGAUCAUGAACAUAUACCCAGCCGGUUACAUGAACUCAGCCUGUCCAGUGAUGAUGAUGAACAUGUACCCAGCCAGUUCAGCGAUGAUCACGAACAUGAACCAACUUACCAUGGCUCGGUGAGCCCAAAUUUCAGUCUGUUUGACAAUAAGGAGGAUGCAUCAACAAGUGCCAAUGAUAAGUUGAUCGAAAAUGGCAGCUUUGUUGUUGGCAGCAGUCAACAAAAGCAAGGAUUUGAUGUGGGUUUUUAUUGCAGUAUAUGUUUGGAGGAACCACAAGCAGGGGAUAAGCUCAUUCGUAUGAACUGCUCUCAUAUAUAUCACCAAUAUUGUCUACUUCCAUGGCUCCAGAUGCACAACACCUGUCCUAAUUGCCGUAGCAAACUCGAUCAACAAUGA